GAGGAAGAGGAGGAGGAGGAGGAGGGAUUGCUGUGCAGAGGAGCAACCCGAGAUUCGCCCGCCGCGCGAGGAGAGAGGAGGCCACGGCCCCUUAGAGCCCCCUCCUUCCCUUGUCAGCCGGGGCGGCGCUGCGCUUAGCUCCCGACACCCACCCCAGGGUGGUGGGGGUGGUUUGCGGAGCUCCCGCACAAAAGCCGCCGCCUCCCUGAGCUGCUGCUGGUACCCGGAGGGAGCCGGCCGCCCAGGGCUGGGGGGAGACCCUGGCGCUGUCCUCCUUUUGCUUCUCCUUCUCCUCCUGCGCCCGCCCCCUCGGAAGGGUCCCCUGCCUGCCUCCCUGGGAGCCCGCAGAGGAGGAGCCGGAGCCGGAGCAGCCACCGCCACCACCGCACAGGGAGGGCGGGGAGAAGACCAUGUGAAUGGGGCUCGGAGCCUCAGGUCUUUGAAGAAGCAGGAUGUUCAUCUAGACGUGGAAAAAACUCAAUCAAGCCUUACAGGAGACUAUAUAAAGAAUAAGACCCACAUUUCUUCACUGAGUAACUGGACCUGUACUACAGCUGUGGUAGAAGAAAUGUGGUGUAUAUAAAAUUUGUGAUAGCUGGGAGAAAUUCUGGAAUUUAGAGAAUGGGCUGUGUCCAAUGUAAGGAUAAAGAAGCAGCAAAACUGACAGAGGAGAGGGAUGGCAGCUUAAACCAGAGCUCUGGCUAUCGCUAUGGGACAGACCCCACCCCCCAGCAUUACCCUAGUUUUGGUGUGACAUCCAUCCCUAACUACAACAACUUCCAUGCAGCCGGUGGCCAAGGGCUAACUGUCUUUGGUGGCGUCAAUUCUUCUUCUCACACUGGGACCUUGCGUACAAGAGGAGGAACAGGUGUAACACUUUUUGUGGCCCUUUAUGACUAUGAAGCGCGAACAGAAGAUGACCUGAGUUUUCAUAAAGGAGAGAAAUUUCAAAUACUUAACAGCUCUGAAGGAGAUUGGUGGGAAGCCCGUUCCCUGACAACAGGAGAGACUGGUUACAUUCCCAGCAAUUAUGUGGCCCCAGUUGACUCUAUCCAGGCAGAAGAGUGGUACUUUGGAAAACUUGGCCGCAAAGAUGCAGAAAGACAACUUUUGUCUUUUGGAAAUCCACGAGGUACCUUUCUUAUCCGAGAGAGUGAAACCACCAAAGGUGCCUAUUCACUUUCUAUCCGUGACUGGGAUGAUAUGAAAGGAGACCAUGUCAAACAUUAUAAGAUCCGAAAACUUGACAAUGGUGGCUACUAUAUUACAACAAGAGCCCAGUUUGAAACUCUUCAGCAGCUCGUCCAGCAUUACUCAGAGAGAGCUGCAGGCCUUUGCUGCCGCUUAGUAGUCCCCUGUCAUAAAGGAAUGCCGAGGCUUACUGAUCUGUCUGUCAAAACCAAAGAUGUCUGGGAAAUUCCACGUGAAUCCCUUCAGUUGAUCAAGAGACUGGGAAAUGGGCAGUUUGGGGAAGUAUGGAUGGGUACCUGGAAUGGGAAUACAAAAGUGGCCAUCAAGACUCUUAAGCCUGGCACGAUGUCUCCGGAAUCCUUCCUUGAGGAGGCCCAGAUCAUGAAGAAACUGAAGCACGAUAAACUGGUCCAACUUUAUGCUGUGGUGUCUGAAGAGCCGAUCUACAUUGUCACAGAGUACAUGAAUAAAGGGAGUUUGCUGGAUUUCCUAAAAGAUGGAGAAGGAAGAGCUCUGAAAUUGCCUAACCUGGUGGACAUGGCUGCACAGGUUGCUGCGGGCAUGGCUUAUAUCGAGCGGAUGAAUUACAUUCAUAGAGACCUUCGAUCUGCAAACAUUUUGGUGGGGAACGGGCUCAUAUGCAAGAUUGCUGAUUUUGGAUUGGCCAGAUUGAUUGAAGACAACGAAUACACAGCAAGACAAGGUGCGAAGUUCCCUAUCAAGUGGACAGCUCCAGAAGCAGCCCUAUAUGGAAGGUUCACUAUCAAGUCUGAUGUGUGGUCCUUUGGAAUCUUACUUACAGAGCUGGUAACCAAAGGGAGAGUUCCCUAUCCAGGCAUGAAUAACCGUGAAGUCUUGGAGCAAGUGGAACGUGGGUACAGGAUGCCGUGUCCUCAGGACUGCCCUAUCUCCUUGCAUGAGCUUAUGAUUCACUGCUGGAAAAAAGACCCUGAGGAGCGCCCCACAUUUGAGUAUUUGCAGGGUUUCCUGGAAGACUACUUUACUGCAACAGAACCCCAAUACCAACCUGGUGAAAACCUGUAAGUCACAUGGCGUGUCUGCAGAAAGCGUCAUCCAGGUGGUCAUUCCCCUCCCUCUUAGCUUCCAAUUCAGUAGCUCACUGCUCUUGGAGCAGUGUGGAAUCUUCCAGGACCAGAGUGCAUGUGAGUCUGAAGUCUGAAGAACAACCACACCCCUCAUUGAUGACCACUUGUCCCCAAAUCUGAAUGUCCUCUGUGAAGAAUAAGAGACACAAACUUGUUAACUUCUCAAAAGACUUUUGAAAAUGCAUUGUAUCGAUGUUAUGUAAACGGCAAAACCUCUAUUCAGUGUAAAUAGUUACUCAGUGCCAAUAACUGACCCUAGUGCUUUCCUUUUUUAAAUGCAAAUCUUAUGUGAUUUUAACUCUGUCUUCACCUGAUUCAACUAAAAAAAAAAAACAAAAAAACGAAAAGUAUUAUUUUCCAGAAGUGGCCUCUUUGUCUAAAACAAUAAACUUUUUUUUCAUGUUUUAACUAAAGAAAAUCAGGACAGGUGUUUGUUUUUUGUUUUUUUGGGUUUUUUUAUAAAUAUAAAUAUAAAUAUAUAUAUAUAAUAUAUACAUACCUGUACAUACAGUAUGUGGGUACUGCAGCGGACAACUUGUUGCCAAACAAUGGGCCACAUGGUUGCAGUACCCAGAGAGUGAUAAUUUUACUGCAAACGUUUAAAAAGAAAAAAACGGCAACACUGGUGUUAUUCUGAAAACCAGUGGUCUAAUUUUUGGCUUUUGCCAAGCAUGAUUUUUUAAAAUUGGAUUGCACCUUUUUGUUUGUUUGUUUCUGACCGUACCUGUAGAUGGUUGUAACUUUUGCUCUUUUCAGGAACCACAUGCUGGGUUUAUGGUAAUGUUCCCCAUGUUUGAUAGCCAUGUUUUACAGGAUUUGUUCUUCAAACAGGAGUGAACCUAUUGAAGCAAGAAAACACACCAUUUGACCGGCCAAACUGGAAGAUAGAUGCUACAAGUACUCCUUGUAUAAAACUCUGUAUACUGAAAUAAUUCAAAAAAAUUUUUUUUAAUUUAAUAAACAUUGUAACCACAUUUAAUGGUCUAAAACCCAUAGCAUUUUAGUCAUGUCAACCCGCUAAACUGUUUAUCAUGCAGGUAGGAUUUUCUGGGGGAGAUUUGUGCACCAUUUCCCAUUGUAAAAUACAUGUUUUAAAUGUCCUGUACUGCUAAUGAAAUUCCUUUCUCUAUGUCUGAGAUUUCUCCAGUGGAAUUACUAUGCACUUCUUUAUGUUUCAUGGGGAUGCACAGAACAAAGUAUUAUGUUCUCUUGUUGUCUAUUUGUACCAGCCUUGAAUUACUUAUGUUUAACCAAAAAAUGAAAACAAGCAAAUGGAAAAAAAAACAAAAACAAAACACAAAAACCAACAAAAAACCAACCUCCUAUUUCUAUUGAGUUUUUAAUACUGAGUUGCAAAUUUUGGAGUCUUAAUUACUUUUUUGUUAUGAUUUCUUUGCAAGUUUACAUUUUUAAAUUGUUUAACUUUCUUAAUUUAGUAAUUAAAAAGAGAGCAUUUUACAUUUGGAUUUUUGUUCAUUUGUUUAAAUCAUGGAGGGAAUUCUCAUGGUUUUGUGACACUUCAUGUACCAGACGGCAUCAGGAUGAUCUGGUGAAUAGCCAGGAAGAGAAGCCCAGGCUGAAGAAUCAGCACCACCAGCUGCCCCACAGGUUGGCCCAAAGGGUGGCACCUGGAGCCUUCCAUGCCACUCUAGGACUUCCUGCUGUAUUUCAGACCAUUACAUCACCCUUGGCAAGUGAUGUGCUGUCACGUGAUAAGUUUUAGUACAGGCCUCAUGCAAAGAGACCAAUUGAAAUACUGGUAUUUUGAUUUUUGGACUGGCUAACUAUAUAAGGUAAUUUCCAAGUGAUGAAAAGGAUAUGGUAUAAGGGAGCUUUUGCUUGGGAAGGUUCUAUUGUUGUCUGGAUGUUCUGAAAAACUGAGAAAUGUAGAAUGUAUGGGCUGUAAAACCUUGAUUCAUCUGGACCCUCAUUGUUGUUCAGUCAGUGUCUAAGUCUUUGUGACCCUUUUUGUGGUUUUCU